AAACCUGUCAGCUAUCUACAGAUGCUUAGUUCACUGACAGCCCUAACGACAACCAGCACUCUGGCAACAAGCACAGCUUCUCCACCAAAAUUGUUGGGGAAGGCUCAAAUAAAAAUUCGAUUGGUGUUUAACACAGUUGGCCCGGUACCAAGUGAAUCUUACAUUGUAAAGUUGGCCCAAUCUCUGUUUGACUCACGUUACAAAGCUAAAGAAGCCACAUUACAAACCCGGGAUACAAGAUUUGUGAAUAUCACCUAUACAAAAAUUAAUGAAACCUCCUAUGCUCUCACAUUUGGAUUUGAAAUAAGCAAUGUAUCCAUGUCUGAGCAAUUUGAACUAAGGAAUGAAACCUACACCGUAAUCAAGGAGAAGAUAAGUACAUUGCUGGUCGACAUCCUAGCUGACCCCUCAACUGAAUUUGACCUCAAAGACAUUAAAUUCGAGAAUAAUAGCACAGAGAUUGUGGCCAGUGUUCAAUAUGUUUUCUCAGAAGGUGACUUGAAAACAAACAGCCUCUUUAUCAAGGAAAUAUUACAAGCUAAAGAAGUCAGCACUACUUCUCCACCGAAAGUGCUUGGGAAGGUGAUCAUAUACAUCACCCUUGUGUUUAGGACACAGGGUACUAUACCAAGUGAGAGUAACGUGUUACAAGUGGCUAACAGUCUGUUGAAUGGAAUGAAACUGAGAAUUACACGAGACCUCACAACAAGAGAUCUGACUGAACUUGUGAACUUUGUGAAUGUCACCUAUCUGAAAAUUGAUGAUAAGGCCUUCUCUCUGAACUUCGGAUUUCAAAUCAGCAAUGUGUCCAUGUCUGAGAAGCUUGAAUUCAGGAAUGAGACCUACACAGUGAUCGAGGACUAUAUGAAUUCAUUUCUGUCGAGGAUCCUAAACAAAACAACAACUACUAGCUUUAAUUUCAAAAAUAUCAAUUUCACGGGUAAUUCCACCGUGAUUGAGGCCAACGUUCAGUAUGUUUUCACAGACAGUGACAUCGGCAGUUUCAGCUUGGUCUUUACUCUCCUCGGACUUGGCGCUACAACGGCUCCAACCACCUUUUACCCCACAGUUCUGAACACUACCAUCUCAAACAACGGUACAAAUGCAGCAUGGGUCGUGGCUAUCAUUGUCCCUGUUGCUAUCGUCAUUGGGCUUGUACCUUGCUGGAUUCUUCUUUGUUGUUUGCUGUGUGGUUGCUGUGCAGCAAUCAGAAGACGUUGGCACAGAAGACGGUCGUAUAAUGUAAAUUACAGCACUCGAAACAGCAUCUUCUAGAGAUAUUCAAGAACAAAUCUUGAUGCCUAAAGGAUGAUUAACUUUCCUGUAUUGCUGGGCAUACAGGACCUCUCCAAAUGUGAUGCAACUGUGAUUUAAAAAACAAUACUAUUUAAAGAAUGAUUUUAUUUAUUUAAAAUUUCUGUUAUGUAAAGUAAUGAUGAUCUAGUUUUCUAAAUGAAAGAUUUAUUUCAUAGUACUGUAUGUAUUUAAUGUUAAGGGACGAAUGUAGAAUGUGUUGAUCACUUCUUUAUUAACACUUCAUCUACUUUAUCUAAAAUAAUACAGUGCACCCUGACGACAUAUUUAUUUGUAAAUCCACAAUUAAUGCUUGAAGUCAAAAACUGUAACUUAAUAAAAACAAUUCAAUAUCAA